GUGAAACGCGUGAACAAGUCUUGGAAGAAAUUAAAAUACAAGGUGAUUUGGUACGAAAGCUAAAGGCGGCCAAGGAACCCAAAGAAAAGGUCUAAGACUUGAAACGAUCAAACUUGCUAAUCUCUCUCAACUCAUAAAAUCAAGCUUCUUCUAUCUAUCCCAUUGAAAAAAAAGCAUACACAAAAAGACAAAGAAAAACUAAAAAGUUGAAAUCUGAGUUUUAAUUGCUAAAAUCCUAACAAAAUGUUACGUUCGGCUGUGUUGAGCGUGCGUUUCGCGAAGAAAAGUUUUAAACAAACGGCGGCGACCUAUUGCUUUUGUCGCCAUCGUUCCUUAGCGACACAACAACAAAGGCCAUCAUCAAAGGUGGAAAUAGCCAACAAUAAUAAUGACACUGAUGAUGGAGUUGGUAGUGGUGGUAGUGGUACCGUUAUAAGUCAUCGGCAACUGGAAUUGGACAAGAUUGAUGAGGAGGUGGCAAAGCUAUUGGCCCUCAAGGCCAAACUGGGAGAUGAGCCAGCACAAAAUCAGAAAUUCACUCUAAAGACUCCCAAAGGAACCCGAGACUAUGCACCCCAGCAGAUGAUGCUAAGACAGAAUGUACUGGACAGAAUUGUGGCAGUCUUUAAGAAACAUGGUGGUGAGGCCAUUGAUACCCCAGUAUUUGAAUUGAAGGAAGUAUUAACCGGCAAAUAUGGUGAAGAUUCCAAAUUGAUUUAUGAUCUGAAGGAUCAAGGUGGUGAAAUUUUAUCUCUGCGAUAUGACCUGACAGUUCCUUUGGCCCGAUAUUUGGCCAUGAGCAAAAUCUCUAGCAUUAAGCGUUACCACAUUGCCAAAGUCUAUCGCAGAGAUAAUCCGGCCAUGACACGCGGCCGCUAUCGCGAGUUUUACCAAUGCGACUUUGAUAUUGCUGGCUCCUACGAUCCUAUGCUGCCAGACGCUGAAUGUGUUAAAAUUGUCUCUGAAAUCUUAGACACCUUAGAUAUAGGCGAAUAUGUAAUCAAGUUGAACCAUCGGCAACUCUUAGAUGGCAUGUUUGAGGCUUGUGGAGUGCCAGCGGAUAAAUUCCGCUCCAUAUGCUCGGCUGUAGAUAAAUUGGACAAAUCACCCUGGGCCGAGGUUCGUCGUGAAAUGAUUGAGGAGAAGGGCUUGGAUGCCUCAACAGCUGAUCAAAUUGGCGAAUAUGUUCAGCUGAGUGGAGGCACUGAUUUGGUGGAAAAACUUUUGGCAGAUCCCAAAUUGAAGGCUGUUAACGCUGCCGUUAAAGGCCUAGAGGGGAUGCAACUGCUACUGAAAUAUUGUGGAGCCAUGGGUCUAUCAAAUAAGAUUAGUUUUGACCUGAGUUUGGCUCGUGGUCUGGACUACUACACGGGUGUCAUCUAUGAAUGUGUUCUCAAGGCCGAACCAAAAAUCCUGGCCAAUGGCGCUACCGAAGAACAGGGCACCGUAGGCUCUGUGGCCGGCGGUGGACGUUAUGACAACCUAGUAGGCAUGUUUGAUCCAAAAGGCAAGCAGGUGCCUUGCGUGGGUGUUUCCAUAGGUGUCGAGCGUAUAUUUUCUGUACUAGAGGCCAAAGCAUCUGCAGCUGGCCUCAAACCUCGUACCAACGAAGUGGAGGUUUAUGUAGCAUCAGCCCACAAGGGUUUGCAUGAAAAACGUCUUAGCAUUCUAAAUGAUUUAUGGAACCAAGGCGUCAAGGCUGAACAUUCAUACAAAUUGAAUCCCAAACUUUUAGCACAAUUGCAACAUUGCGAAGAACAACAAAUUCCCCUGGCCGUGGUGUUUGGUGACUCGGAAUUGGAAAAAGGCAUAGUAAAGUUGCGCGAAGUUAGCAGUCGUAAAGAGGAAGACAUACCUUUGGCCGAGUUGGCCAACGAAAUCAAAAAGAGACUGCGCAACUAAAAUUUUUUUGGACAGCAUUGCCAAAAUAUCCAAAAACUUGAUACUCCCAAUUUAUUUAAAUCUCUAUUAUGUUGUAUUAAAGCGGCACGGCUUUCAAAGAAAACAAGGCUUCUUAAAAAAAAGACAAAAUUCAAAAUAUUAUGAAACGCUUUAGCAAGCUCAGAAUGAAGGCUUUUAAAUACAUCUUAAAAUACACAAGAA